AUAAAAGACCCAGGGAUUCUUACUCUGGCAGAGAUGAGCACAGAUCGUCUAGUGAUUCAACUCGUAAAAGGAUGAGGAGUGAUUCCUAUCAGCGACGAGCCAACGGCUACUUGAACACCCAUUCUUUUUGCGUUGGGACACUACUGGUGGAACACUGCGAAAACAUCACAUAAUUAAAAGAUGAAAUACACCUAGAUGGUACUUAUGUUGUUGCCUGCACACAGUUGCAUUAAAUAUUGAGAACGACCUGCAAAAUAUCAGAAUGAACAGAUGGAUAGAUAAAAAUAUACAUAUAAAAUAUAUACAUAUAAAAGUAUGACUUUUAAAGUACUGACGUUACAUCUGUAUUGUUCUUUCUGUAAGGCAGUAUGUGCGACCGAACCAAUUUCCUGCACAAUGCAGGUCAGUCAUAGAACUGUUGACAAGCAUCGCUGCAUUGCCACACCGCACAAAUUUCUAACAAAUCGCUGCAUCAUGCAGUUUUCCAAAUUACAUCAGUUCAGAAUGUUCAUUGGGAGAAAGAAAUAAAUUAUCAUUAAUAUCAGAGUAAUCGUAGACCUUUCCAAUCUAAAGAACAUGCAUCCUGUGUUAUGUUCAGUUAAAAAUAACUGAGAGAGAUCAAGCUUUUUUACAUAUAUAAUAACUCUGCCUUGUACAAACAGGUAGACUUUGAAACUAAAUACAUGCUGGCAAGCUUUGCACACACCGGUGGAGAUACACAAAGUAUUUUUCUAUCGUGUACCUUAUCCUUAAAGAAAAACUGUAUAAGGAUACGUUAUUAGAACUACAAUUUUAUUAGUUUAGUUGAUUUUCUGGUCCAUGUGUGAGAUAUAGAGCAAUUAUAUGAAUCAGCACUUUACAUACAUGAGUAUAUAAAAACGCAUCUAUCCUUAUAUUAUUCAAAUUGGAAAGGUCUAUCAGCAAUUAAUCCAGAAUUAUGCAGAAUUCAAUUUAUUUAAAAACUUCAAGGAAGUGAGAAAACGCUGGUCAUAUCAACUAUUCAGAGAUCAUGUCAGCCGACGAAAAUGGCAAGGACACUAUUCAUGUUUUUCGACAAGUAAAGAUCCUUUUUACGUAAAUAAGUAGUAGGUGCUUCUCAAUUGUAGGGAAAAUAAAAAACUAAAAAAUAUAUAUAUAUAUAUUUCGGUGAUCCAACGGGAAUGGGUGUAGUGACCGUAACGGUGCAAAGUUGGAUGAUUUUGUACUAGACGAUUGGCACUGUAAUUGAGGUAAAUGAGGGAGUGCGAGAGAAUGGAUAAAACGGAAUUAGAGAAAAAAAAGUAAUAAAGCGUAUGAAGGAUAUAUGAUAGGAGGGAACAAUAGGGAGAAAUGUAUCUAGAGUCAAAAAUUAAAAAAGAAAGAGAGAAGGGCAGGAAAGAGAGAAAGAUGCAUUGGGAAGGAGCACAAUUGAAUUUGAUUUGGCAGGGUGGAGGUAGCGGUAGCGGCUCACAGAGGUAUUCUUCGUCGUAUGGUGGUUCGUCCGCAUCAGCACCUUAUGACGACAAUAAGGGAUCGUCAUCCUCGGCCGUGUAUGAGGACAAGAGACAGAGCGAGCGAGCCUCGUCAUACCACCGCUCAGAGGACCGUCACUCAGCAUCACGGAGCUAUGCACCUCCACCACCCCCUCGGAUUAGCGAAAUGGCACCUCCGACUCAGAGAUAUAACUCGAGCCGAGGGCGAAUAUCGCAUCAAAGCUCAAAUUACAGAGGUCGCAUUUCAACACGCGGCAGCGGAAGAGGGGGUGGAUUCCAUCGCAUGAGCUCUCGAUCGGACGUCAUCAUGGCUCGCAAGCGUACUCUGCACUCGCUCGACAAUCGACGCAAGCUGCUAGGAUCGCGAUCGCGAGACUACAUCCAGCGUGUGCGCAUGACAACUACCAAAAUGCGCAGGAGUAGCGGUACUACUAGGCUAUCCGGAAGUAAAAAGGAGUCAGGAUCAGGAACCAGCAUGAAGGACAAGGAUAGAGAGAUGACCAAAGCUAUUAAUGCUGAAUUUUCCGAUGACGAUGAAGAGGAUGAUGAUAAUAAAAGUAAUUGGGAUGAUGAUGAAAAGCCACAUGAACGUGACGAUGAAGAAGAAGAGGAAGAGGAGGAAGAGAAAAAGAAAAAAGACGACAAACGAAAGAAAGAAAAACAGGAACGAGAAAGACCAAACUCCGAAGAUGAAGAGGAAAAAGAUGAUGAAGUGAAAGAAGAUGAAGAUGAUCAUAAGCACGAGGAUGACGAAGACGAUGGUGACGAUGAGGAAAGAGACGAUAAUGAUAAAACUGAUCAUGGUCGAACUACUGGCUCCGACGAACUGCCCAGUAGGAGAGACGGAAGGAAGUUCAUUAAAUUAACUUGUCCACAUUGCGCUCACCGAAGCGUCACAUUUAAAGAAUACUCGUUGCAUUUGUAUUCGGGUCGUCAUAGCGCAGCUAUGAGACGAAUUGCAUCACGACACAAGGCAACUCUAACGCGAAUGCGGGUUUUACAACGACAAGAACAACGACGUGUUGAGGCUCGUGAUGCAGCACGUGGUACUUUACCAUCUCGUACCAUGUUCUGUCCCAUUUGUAAACUGAAUUAUAGGUCGUUGAAAGCGGUACAUCAAUUGUCCGAGUCUCAUCGCCAAAUGAAACGAUUCCUCACGCCAUUCUGCAGAGUAUGUCGUAUUCAAUUCCGAUCACCGAUGCUCUUCGAAACUCACAUGUGUUCUCUGGAUCACAUUAAGAGGAAAAGUGCAUUGAAAGAAAGAAUGAAUGCUGGAAACGGUGAAGCAGAAGCUGAUUCCAGUGGACCCGAGGAAGAUGACAAGGAAGUAAAUCUUGAUAAUUUCAUGACUUUGGAUUCUGUAGGUGAUGUUGACGAAGACGAAGAAUCUCCGGAAAAGAAGAAAGAAAAAACAGAAAGUGAAGGUACGAAUGAAACAGAGAAGAAACUUAAGAGUAAACAGAUGAUUAAAGUUGGAGCUGAGUAUAUAAAACGUGUUGAAGUUCAAUUCUGUGAACUUUGUAAAAUCUACUUGCCACGAAGCGAAAAUAAUGAAAGAGCAAUAGCACUUCAUUGCUCAACAAGAAGUCAUCUUAAACGAUAUGUACGGGAUAAUGAUGAUAAAGCAUUACGAAGACAAGCGGAAAGGAUACAUCUUCAAUCCUCGUCGUCUGCUAAUACGACUUCCACACCAAAUAUUGUAAAUACCACAGAAAACAUUAAAUCACCAAAUAGUUCUGAGCCGCCGUCUGCAAAUAAUUCAUUAGUAGUUACUACGCCUGAUGGUACGAACGCUACAGAAUCUGGUAAACCAGUCGAACAAAAAGGAAUCGUUUCUGAACCUGAGAAGAAUAUUAAAGAUAGUAAGAAUGGACAAGCUGAAGAGGAAGACGAUGAUGAUUAUCAAGGCGAUAGCGCUGAUAAAUUAUGGGAUGACGUCGACAAAGAUUUAAGCAACAUUUUGAGGGAAACAGAAGCAGGAGGUAAAUCCAGCGACGAUGAAGAUUCUCGUUAUGAUCGUUUUCGUAAUUCAGAUAAGAAGCAGCAACAUCCUGGGAAAGAUAAAGAAAGAGACAACGAGAAAAAUGAGACAGACGAGAAGGAAAACAUUAAAAAAGAAGUGAAAGUAAUAAAACUUGAAAAAAUAGAUAUGUAAAGUCCAAGGAUUAUUAGUACGUUUCAAUCAUAUCCACACACAUAUAUAUAUAUGUGUAUAUGUAUAUACACAUAUACAUACAUAUAUAUAUAUAUGUUUUUACUGGUUUUUCACAAACGAGGUAUGCAAAACUUCAUAAAGACCACGUGUAGAGAAGUUUUGUGAUCAUUAUUUCAUAUUGUAGAAUUAUUUUUACAAAGUCACGUAAUUACUUUAAAUAAUAUUAACAAAAAAGAAUGUAAACAGUGAUUUGUUUCAUUUUGAAUGAACUUUUUGUAGAUAUAAAUGAAUUGCAAGUUAUAAAGUUAUAAACUUUGGCGCCAACACAUCAAAUCAUAACUACAAUAACUUUUUAAAAAAUUGUAGGUGACAACAAUUUGUAUGGGGCUAUUAAAUUUUAGGUUUUGCGUGUGUGAAAUGUUGGACAUGUUUGAAAUGUACGGUAAAUGCUGUAAACUUCACAAUGUUCAAUUCCUUUGUAAUUCAAGAAGUCACUCUGUAAGCAUAUUUAGUGACGGUAAUGUUAACACUAAUUGUAAA